AUGGCCCACUGUUCCAAAGAAGAGCUGGAUGAAGAGUUUGAACAGUUCAUGAAGGAACUUUCAGAUGAUUCCUUUGAAAAUUCAAAUAAAACACCUAGACAACCUAAAGAAGUGACGAAGAAAGAUACAGUGCCAUGGUGGAUAACUGAAGAUGAAUUUGAAAGUGGUGGACCAUUUGGGACAAAUGUAAGCUAUUUGAAAACAAAGAAGACUUCUCAGCCUGUUAUGGAAACAGAAGAAGAGUCUGCUGAAAGGAUUCAGUUUCUAAAGAGCAGUGGAACCUCUAUCUUGAGUAUUGACAGCUUAGAGGCCAAUGAGAUAGUUUCUGAGCUCAAUCAUAGUGUUCUCGGAUUGGGACUGGACACGUUAGAAGAGCAAGAGGAAAAAGAACAAUUUUUUGCCAGGCUUGAGAAAGGCUUAACGUCGUCCAUUGAUUAUUCAAGGUUAAAUAAGGAAUUGGAUUCUAAUGACUCCAUACAUUUUAAAGCUUUACAUAGUAAUCAAGCUAAUAUGGAGCUAAGUGAAGAUAAACAUGAGCAUGAAUCAAAACAUGAAGAACUGGCAGAAAAUUAUAGUGAUGAUUUUGAAGAGGAAGAGGAUACUGAUGCACCUUUGACUCUUAAGGGAGAGACUAAGUCCAAAGAAAAUUCCCAUUCAGAAAAAACAAAUGUACCCAAACAGGAAGAAGAAAAAACUGGCAUGCUGGCUAAUGUAGUGCUGCUUGAUUCAUUAGACUCUGUUGCAGAAGUCAACCUUGAUGAACAGGAUAGAACAAAAACUAAGCCAAAGGCUCUGUCAGAUAUGACUGAUAAUGAAAUGAUUGCAACAGGUAUUUCUUAUGGACAAAGCAAUAGUGACAUUGAAGCUGUACAUCAGGCUUAUUGUCACAUAGCCCAUUCUUUGGGAGAUGCAGAUGAACAAAGAACUGAGAGCAAUGCAGCAGAAAAUACCAAGAGCUCAACAAAAGAUCAUCUUCAAGGAAAUGAAGGGUCCUCUAAAAACAUCUCUACUACAGAGUCUGAUCUGCCCACAGUAGAGGAGCUGAUGAAGCCUAUCCGAAUAGAUUCCUUUGGGGUCAGUGGUUUUGAUUUACAACCUGUCAGAUCUAAGAAACUGGCUGAGAAUAAAGAAACUGAAUUUGUUAGCCCUUUACCCCUUAAGAUUAACCCAAAUGUUGUAUCUCAAGAACCACAAACUGUGAGCCAAUUUUUGGACAAAAAUGAAGAGAAUGUAGUUUUAGAAAAGGCAACAAAUGAAGUUACAGAAGAUAACUAUCCAAGAGUAAAUCCUGUGCAGGAACAAAUGGAUAAAACGUACCUUGAUAUUUUGAAGAAAAAAAUAUCUAUUGGUCCUUCAGUACUUCAGGAUGACAAAACAAAUAAGACUUUAAGAUCUCAACUCGAUUCUGGAGAAGAAGGGACUGUAACUAGUAAACAGCUACCAUACAAGAAGGCCAAAAGUGCACCUCCUUUAUUUAAAAGAAAACCCCAGAGUGGAUUAUAUGCAUCAGUUAGGAGUUCAGGGUAUGGCAAACCCAGUUCACCAUUCAAGACAUUUUCUAAUCUUGAAAAGAAAACUUCAAAGGACAUCAUGAAGAGCAAAAACUUGAGAUCUAUUCUUGCCUCAAAUCAAAGCAGGAAAAAAGAAAUCAUACCUGCAACAAAGCUGAUCAAGCCUGCAUCUUUGGGUAAACCAGCUCCCCAAACUGAAAGUUGGCUGGCUACUCCUAAGUCGUCGGAGGGCCCCACAGAAGCUGACUCCUGUGUUCAGUUUCAGAAUGAUUCUUCAGGAUACCAUGGUGGUAACAAGGAGACAGAAUUGCUUAUGUUUAAAAGAGUUCAGGAAGCAGAGGAAAAAUGGAAGGGUGCCCAAGCCCUAAUUGAACAAAUUAAAGUCACUUUCUCAGAAAAGGAGAAAGAGCUGGAAAAUAAGAUGGAGGAACUAAAGAGACAACAGGAAAAGGAACUCUUCAGGCUGAAUCAAGACAAUUAUAUUCUUCAAGCCAAGUUGAGUAGCUUUGAAGAAUCAAACAAAAAACACAGGUGGUUGCAUUUGGGAGAAACAACUGAUCCUGUCACUGAAGAAAAAUUGAAGCAAAUCCAAAAAGAAAUACAAGAACAAGAGAUGCUUCUUCAAGGAUAUCAGCAGGAAAAUGAAAAAUUGUAUAAUCAAGUAAAAGAUCUCCAAGAACAAAACAAGAAAAAUGAGGAGCGAAUGUUCAAGGAAAACCAGAGUUUAUUCAGUGAAUUAGCUGCCUUAAAAGAACAGGUGCACAGAAGUCGUUUCCUGUCUCAAGCAGUUGAAGAUUCAGAGCCCACCAAAAAUCAAAAUUUUACAGAUCUGUUAGCAGAACUACGGGCGGCACAGAAAGAAAAGAACAGUUUGUUGGAAGACCUCAAAAGACUAAAGCAGGACAAACAAGCUCUUGAAGUAGACUUGGAAAAAGUGAAGAAAGAGAGAGACCAAGCCAAAGACCAGAUUGCUUACGCUACAGGUGAAAAAUUAUAUGAAAUAAAAAUUAUAGAAGAAACCCAUAAACAAGAAAUCAGUCGUCUGCAAAAAAGAUUACAGUGGUAUGCCGAAAAUCAGGAACUUCUGGAUAAAGAUGCAGUUCGGCUUAAAGAAGCAAAUGAAGAAAUUGAGAAGCUGAAACUUGAGGUUGAGAAGCUGAAAGCUGAAUCUGGAAAUCCUCCCAUCCAGCAGAAGAUACGUUUAAAAGAAAAAGCAGCUGAUACCAAAAAAAUUCAGGAUCUAGAGCGACAGGUUAAGGAAAUGGAAGGAAUUCUAAAGAGACGAUACCCCAAUUCUUUGCCAGCUUUAAUACUGGCUGCAUCAGCAGCUGGUGAUAUAGCAGAUAGAAAUACAGUGGAGUUUAUGGAAAAAAGGAUAAAAAAACUAGAAGCUGAUCUGGAGGGCAGAGAUGAAGAAGCAAAGAAAAGCCUUCGUACCAUGGAACAGCAGUUUCAGAAAAUGAAGAUUCAGUAUGAGCAGAGACUGGAGGAACAGGAGCAGUUACUUGCUUGCAAAUUGAAGGAGGCAGCCCAGAACCAACAGGACAACUCCUCAAGGGCUAAAGCACUGGAGAAGGAACUGGAUGAUGUUAAGGAAGCCCAUCAGAUUACCAUAAGAAACCUUGAAGCUGAAAUAGAUGUUCUUAAACAUCAGAAUGCUGAAUUGGAACUCAAGAAGACUGAGAAGGAUGAUAAAGAUUUCCAGUCCAUAGAGUUCCAGGUGGAACAGGCUCACUCUAAAGCUAAACUGGUUAGGCUCAAUGAGGAGCUGGCUGCAAAGGGGAGAGAGAUACAGGACCUUUCCAAAACUGUGGAGCGGCUUCAGAAGGAGAGGAGAAAGAUGCUCUCUAACCAGCACUGUAAGGCUCGAGAGGAAAUGACUUCCAAAAGGGUGAAGAAAGAUGGUUUGCACCCUGGCAAAGGAAAUGCUGACUCCUCUGGAACCCUAGAGGGCAAACUUUACCAACCACAUUCUUUUACUGAUUCCCACGUUUCAGAGGUUUUACAAGAAAACUGCAGAUUGAAAAAUGAAGUGGCGAGAUUAACUGUGGAGGGGAAUGAGCUGAAGAUGAAAUCUGAAGCUACAGUGAAUCAAUUUGAAAACACCAUGAAAAGAUUCAAGGAAGAAACUGCAGCACACAUCACAUCUCUGAAAGCAUCUCAUCAGAGGGAAGUAGAGAAACUCCUUUGCCAAAAUGCAGUUGAAAAUUCUUCUUCCAAAGUAGCUGAACUAAAUCGUAAAAUAGCAACUCAGGAGGUACUUAUAAAACAUUUUCAAAAUCAAGUCAAUGAGCUGCAGAGUAAGCAAGAGUCUCUUGUAGUUUCUCAAGUUCGAGAAGAAAUCCUACAGAAAGAGAUUACAAAACUCUUGGAAGAAUUGAGAGAAGCCAAAGAAAAUCAUACACCGGAGAUGAAACAUUUUAUGGUCUUAGAAAAGAAAAUCAAACAGAUGGAAAUGAGACAUGAGCAAAGAGAACAGGAGCUUCAGCAGAUAAUACAGCAGACACACCAAGUAGUAGAAACUGAGCAAAACAAAGAAAUUGAGAAAUGGAAAAGACUUGCACAGCUGAAGAAUCGGGAGCUGGACAAGUUCCGAACGGAGUUAGAUUCGAUCUUGGAUGUUCUCCGAGAGCUGCACCGGCAGGGGGUGGUUGUGCCAGUUGCUUUGGCAGAAGUGAAUGCACCAGAGUUUUAG